AUGGCUCACCACUCCCGCCUCGAAACCAUGACUUCUCGCUUCUCACCAUCACGUCUGCGUGACUCUCUGCGCCGCAGCUCAUCUGCGUCCACUUCCACACAGGCUUCAUUCUCGUCAGUCAACACGACAAGCUCAUCUACUGCUGUUGCCAUCAACAACAUCAUCUCUCGUCAGCCUUCUCUGUUGAGCCUAGAGGCUGAGCGCAGGAGCUUCGGCAGCGAGCUGAGUCUGCUUGAGCCCAGACCCAUUGUCUACUGGGGCAGCGUAGAGGAACGCAUGCGUUAA